AUGUCGCCCACGAAGCCAGUCCCGUCCAUCGCCAUUGUGGGUGGUGGCAUCGCCGGCCUGACGCUCGCGCUGAAUCUCAUCAAGCGCUCCAAGUCACCAUCAUCAUCGCAGCCAAAGUACUCAGUCACCAUAUAUGAGUCCGCCCAUGCGUUUGCCGAGAUCGGAGCUGGAGUGUCCUUUGGGCCCAAUGCCUCCCGCGCCAUGAAGGCCAUCGGACCAGAGGUGUACGCCGCCUUCGAAAAGACGGAGACGAGGAACCAGUUCGAGUCCAAACAGGACGUGUGGUUUGACUUCAGAUUUGGCGAGAGCGUCGAUGGCAAGUACCAGGUCGAGGGGGGAGAAGGCGCAGACGCCACGGGAGAGCUCAUCGCCACUGUAAAGUGUUCAGGCGGCCAGCGCGGUGUCAAGAGGAGCGACUUCCUGGACGAGCUGAUCAAGCACGUCCCUGACGGUGUCGCUAAGUUCGGCAGGAGGGUGACGCAUUACACCGAGAGCGAGGACGGCAAAGUGACGCUGCACUUCAAAGAGGGAGACGACGAGAUCCAUGACGCGGUCAUUGGAUGCGACGGGAUCAAGUCCAACAUCCGGAAGACGUUGUUGGCUGAGACGUCGAAACCGGAGAACGCGAAUGCGACAUUCAGCGGCAAGUUCUGCUACCGUGGUCUGAUCCCGAUGGAUGAGGCUGUGUCUCUGCUGGGCGAGGAGAUGGCCAAGAAUGCUCAAAUGUACCUAGGCCGACACGGCCACAUCCUCACGUUCGCCAUUGAGAAGGGCAAGCUGAUGAAUGUUGUCGCAUUUGCCUCAGCCAAGGAAUGGCAUGACGAUCGUUGGGUGGUGGAGGCCAACCCUGAGCAAAUGAAGGCCGACUUCGAAGGCUGGUCACCCACCGCCACCAAGAUCAUCUCGCUGAUGCGCAAGAACGACAUCUGGGCUCUCUUCAACCACCCGCCAGCACCAACUUAUGUGUCCGAUGGUGGACGGGUGUGCAUCAUCGGGGAUGCGGCGCACGCGACCACACCACACAAGGGCUCGGGUGCGGGCAUGGCCAUCGAGGACUCGUUGGUCUUGGGCCAGCUCGUCUCAGAGGCUCUUGCGGGCGAACAUGUGGACGCUAGCAAAGCGAUUUCUGCGGCGUUCAGAGUGUACGAUGCCACGCGACGGGAGAGGACGCUGCGGCUAGUGGAGGACUCGAGGGAGACUGGCCAGCUGUACGACCUCGAGCACCCUGUGUUUGGCACGGACAAGGAGAAGAUUCGGGAGACUCUACUGAACAGGAUGGAUUGGGUGUGGCAGAAGGAUCUAGAGGACGAGCUGACCAACUCUCUGGACAAGCUGAGGAAUAGCCUGCUGGGCCACGAGACGUAA